ACAAAGGCAGAUUAAACAUGGGGGGUAGUGUGUGCCUCAAGGCUCAUGUAGCAAAUACUUGCGAUAUGGAGAUACUCACCGUACCGUCAGUCCUGAGAGCCAAACCGGGUCAGCGAACGAACUGAGCCAAAGCAAGAACCGGGGGCGGGACCUGCCUAGGCUGUCACCAUGGCAACCCGGAGACAACAACGCGCUGAGAUUGCGGGGCAGAAAGGGUUGGAAGUUGAGACAGUCGGGUUCCUCGGGCAGCCGCAGCCAUGCCAGUAAAUAUGCAACAGCUUUAUACAGAGGUGUGCUCUGAACAAAACCAGCCCAUUAACCCCUUCAUUGCUGAAAUACUUUCACAAACAGAAGAGCAAGAAUUAUACGCUUCCACCUUAAAGCUCUGUGGGAAUAAUCGGUUGGUGCAAGUGCAGAGAGUUAGUGAUGAAGAUUUCCUUGUUCUCGCUCAGGUCUUAAGUAAAAACAGUUUCAUAACAAACCUGGACCUGCGGUACAACAGAGUCACUGACAAUGGAGCAGCUCACAUUGCUACUUUUCUGCAGAAUAAUUCAUCUGUACUUUGUUUGAAUAUUAUGGGAAAUGAGAUAGGAACGGAUGGCUCAGAGCACAUUACUAAAGCAUUGCAUAGGAAUACAACCCUUUUGAGCCUUAGGAUGACUGGUGACAAAAUUGGAAACAAAGGAGGAAUGCUCUUUGCUUCAAUGUUGCAGAUAAACUCAACCCUUGAAGAACUGGAUCUUGGAGACUGUGACUUGGGGAUACAGAGCCUGAUAGCAUUGGCCACAGUCCUCUUGCAAAACAAAACUCUGAAGUCUUUAAAUCUAAACCGCCCUAUAUUCUAUGUCAUGCAGGAAGACACUACAGUUCACCUCUCUGAAAUGUUAAGAGUCAACAGUACUUUGCAGGAACUGCACCUCUCCAAGCAUGAGAUAACUGAUUUUGGAGUCCAGCGACUAUGUGAUGCUUUGCAUGAAAACCACACUCUAAAAUAUCUUAAUCUUAGCUGGUUGUCAGUUGUGAGUAACAACAUAAGUGGAAAAGGACUCCAAGCUUUGGCAGCAGCAAUUAAAGCAAACAAUUGCCUACUGUACAUCUACAUCUGGGGAAAUAAAAUCAAUCAAGAAGCAAGCAUGGCAUUUUCCCAGCUCCUGCAGUCUGGCCGUCUCAGUUCUUCAUCUACAGAUGUACAACCAUAUGUUGUAGAUGGGCGUGUGUGCCUUGCAGAGAUUUUUCAUGGCCUUAAAAAACAUUACUACUGGACACCAAGCUAUGGAAUGGCUGAUGAUCCUAUCUGCAAUUCUACAUUUGCAAUAUGUAAUGACUAUUAAUAUUUCAGUCAUAGAUCAAAUAAAUAUUAUGCAAUAUACAUUA